AUGGCAGAAUUAGAUAGAGGAACACCAACGGGAUUGCCGUUGACACCGGACACAAGGGGAGCGGAAGGGCCAUUAUUCUCAUCGGUGAGAAUUGAUUCUCUUGAACAUGAUUCAUUUGCAAUACCAAGAUGCACUCUGUGUAUGCCUAAAGUUCCAGUUCCGAGUUUCUCUCUAACUCAGAAGGUUGGAGCAGAGUUUGUAGGAACAUUCAUACUGAUAUAUGUAGCAACAGCAGGACCAAUAGUGAACAACAAAUACGAAGGUAUAGAAACACUUAUAGGAAAUGCAGCUUGUGCAGGUUUAACAGCCAUGGCAAUUAUUUUCUCAAUUGGUCAUAUCUCAGGCGCGCAUCUCAAUCCAUCGCUUACCAUUGCGUUCGCCGCGUUUCGCCAUUUUCCGUGGGCGCAUGUUCCUGCCUACAUUGCAGCACAGGUCUCUGCAUCGAUCUGCGCUGCUUUUGCUCUCAAAAGUAUUUAUCGUCCUUUCCUCUCUGGUGGCGUUACUCUCCCUAGCGUCAGCAUUGGACAAGCUUUUGCAACUGAGUUUAUCAUCACUUUUAUUCUCUUGUUUGUUGCCACUGGCGUUGCUACCGAUACUCGCGCAGUUGGCGAAAUGGCUGGUAUUGCUGUUGGAGCAAUAGUUAUGGUCAACAUUCUGAUCUCAGGGCCAACGAGUAGUGGUUCGAUGAAUCCGGUUCGCACCUUAGGUCCAGCGGUUGCAGCAGGAAACUACAAAGAUAUCUGGAUAUACUUCGUGGCGCCAACGCUGGGUGCGCUCGCUGGUUCUGGAGCUUAUACGCUUGUCAAGCUGCGUGACGACAACACCGGAGCUGAACAGCAUCCGCUAUCGGUUAGGAGCUUCAGUCACUAG